CGACUACAUGGAGCAAGAAGAAGCCAGCUGCAGACAGAAGUAGACCGAAAGUGAAAAAGUUUGAGUAAACGCGCGUGACAGGCGGCAGGGGCGAGCGAGUGCGUGUGGCUUUACGCAUCAGUAAGCGAAAGGAGCUGUUGAAGUAACAUAAGGGGGAGCCUGUUUAGCAGUGGCUGGAAUCUUUACUACCACGCUUUCUGCUCAUUUCCUUUACGUGCCCAUCCCCGGCACCGAAGUAUCCAUUCAUGUUUAAAACGAGAGCUAGAGCACCAGAAGGGAGGUAAUCCCUGCUUCUGUCAACUAACAACAGGUACAUCUUGUCUGUUUCCAGCCAUGCACCAUGGCACCGAGGGGCAGCAGCUAAGAUCUGGAAGGGGGAUAUAUGUGUCUAAGAUUCUGCGUUUUUAUGUAAAGGAAUCGGAGACCGGAGGCUAGAAACAUGUCUUACUCCUCUAUCUUCAUAAUUAUCUGCAUUGAGUUAUUCACCCGCGGCUGGACUCUAGAAAAAGUUGCAAACCUUUCCAUCCAGUGCUCCGAGGGUUUCGUAUGUGACACAGACUAUAACGAUGCAGUAGCAAACACUGGGAUUAAGGUACCACCAGACAAGAUGGCGAUCGUGCCAACUUCCAUGUCUGUCGAUACUGUUCUUUUUUGUCCUCCAAAGCAGAAGUGCUCUCUUUGUGUACGUGUGCAUCUGAACUUAUCUAUCAUAGGUCCCACAGAGUUUAACAACCAGAAUCCAACCAAGAGGAGCUUAGAUGAAAGAGACUACAGUGGUGAUGAUGAUGAUGAUGAUGAUGACGGUGAAGGAUAUGAGGAAAAUCAGGAUGAUGACGGGAGUGACCUUGAGAUAAAGGUUGAAGAAUCAGGAAGUGGAUACAUUUUACCAGGACAUGUCCAGCAGAAACUCUAUGUUUGUGUCACUGACCCAGAAACCAGAUGUAUGAAAGCAACAGUCGACUUUACUCCUCCUGAAGAUGGAAUUGCAAAUGAUACCAGAGUGGAGGGGAUGCUUGAAUAUUCUUGCUUUAAAACUGUUACGAGUAAGGAGCUUCACAUCAAAGCAUUUGCAGAUCCUCUGAAUAAGGAUCCUUUGGAGACAACUUAUAAAGUGCAAGACUGUUCUGAACCAACUCUGAAGGAUUACAUGGAGGAAUGCGAAGUUACAGAUAUCAAGGUGACAAUCAAUGAAAGUGACAGGACAGCUCUGAUUCACAGUGUCAACUCAAAGAAAAAUUUCGAUCUGCAGCAAUAUUACAAUGUGGAACCGACAUGGUCUCCAUCAAAACACUUCGCAAACGUUUCAGAAGUACCUAUCCCUUUUUCUGAUAUAGUGCCAUGUCUGUGCAUCAGGGCAUGGCCGCCGCACAUCAUAGAUGCCAUAAGAGUAGAAAAAUGUCCCUUUAAGCAAGAACCUGGAUUUGUAGAAAACGUGAAAAAUCAAAGCCGAUUAGAAGUAAAAGUGGUCAACAAGAUUAUAGCCUGGAGAGUUUGGGCACCAUGUAAUAUUCCCGUUGAAGUUCAGCUACGCUGGUAUCCUACAAAUAAUGAGCGCACAUUACAAGGAGCUCCUAUUUUCUCACGGCAUGCAGAAGUUAAUAAACUAAAUGAAUUUUUGGGUGUAAGGAAUCACAAGUACCUGUGCAUUCAGGCAGUCAGUGAAGGAAAAAUUAUUGGGACUGAAUGCCCAUUUAGAGGAAACAAUUCAGACCUUCAGCCACACUGGAAGAACAUUGCAGUGGUUCGAACCAAUUCCAACUCUAGUUGUCUGGUCAGAGGAAACAACUGUACUCCUAUCACCAACAGUUCAAUGAACAGUUUUCUGGAAAAGCAAGUACUACACGAUUUCAGAUCAGGAAAGUGUUUGCAGGUUUUCAAAAAUGAUAUUUAUGAAUUUCAUGCUUGUUCAGCAGAGUACUCAAGACAUCACUUUCAUCUUCUUAUUAUUGUUUGCCUUCUGCUGCCUGUCUUGGGAAUUCUUGCAGCAGUCCUGAAUCGAAGGAGCUGUAAAGAUUGGCUGAAACGUUUGAGGGGCAACUGUACAGUAGAAGGUGUGUUCACUAAUAAGAAUAUCCUGAUUCUCUGCUCACCAGAAUGUAAUGUGAAUGACACUUUGGUCAACAAAUUUGCUUCCUGUCUUCUAGAGAUGAGAUUUUUUGUGGUGACUGAUAUUUGGAAGAAGAUCCAGUUGAGCAAUAUGGGCUCUCUGCAGUGGCUCCAUGCCCAGAAAAGAAAGAUCAUGGAACAUAAUGGCAAAAUUGUCAUCAUUCUCUCACAUGCAGCUGUAGCAAAAUACAAGGAGUGGUGUUGCCCCAAAGGGGGCAUCAGAGGCCAGGAGGACCCUGCAGAUUCCUUCAUGGCAUCUCUAAACUGCAUCAUGCCAGACAUCAUAGAGGGCAAGAUGCUGGAAAAUUAUGUGGCAGUGUACUUCGAAGAACUUCUGGACAAAAAAGACAUUCCACAAAUCUUCAGGCAGAUAUCCAUUUUCAACCUCCCAUCUCAGCUUAGUGGAUUUCUAGUAGAAAUUGCAAAGCCAUCCAGGGUGAAGACGUAUGGCAGAGUGUUCAAAAAGCAGUCAAGUAAGAUGAAGCAUGAGCUACAGCCACUUAUUAAAGCCUGCGGAGAUUUGCAGCGAUCCAGCUGGUACAAGGACUAUUGCAGACUAGAAGAGCAGCUGCAGCAACUGGCAUCUUCGGAUAUAGCUUGAUAUUUAUAAGCGAAUGUUAAAUAACCCUACAAUGUAUUGCAGGUCUCUUAAUGAGACUUCUGCCUGAAUUACAGAAAGAGCUGCAAAUAUCCAGAGAUGUGCUGCACAGACAAAUUGGGAUACAGCUGGUACCAUUGUACAAAUUAAUCUACUUUAAAAACAUUACAGAAUCUCUCCUUACCUAAAACCUGGCACUAUGAUGCAGCUUCCUUAACUUUUUACAAAAUACACUACAGAACUGAGAUAAGGAGCAUGCUGUUCUGAUUGCAUCUGUCAUCACAUUCUAUAAACAGCACAUGUUCUUAUGAGGAAGUGACUAGGUGUUCCUUAUGUGGUUGUUUUGUGUAAACACGUAGUUUAUUUAGUUGCCAAGAGACACUUUCAAUUUACAUGCGUUUAAAAGGAAUUUCACAGGUCCACUGUGGUGUGAAAUCUGAUAACUAGCCAGGUUGUGUAUUUGACAAAAAAAUAACCACCAAUGUUUUUGGUGGACACAAAAUUAGUGGUCUGAUUUUCAUGCCAUCGUUCGGACAGGUAUACUGCACACAUCUGAAGUCCUGCAUCAUUGCAUAUAUUUAUGGACACUGGGUAACUGAACAUUAAUUGUGUGUGGAUAGACGGCAUUUCUUUCAGGCUUCCACAUACAAUCCAUACAGCUGUUUUCUGAAACACCUAACUUAGUGAUGGUUGUGGUGUUAUCAAGCUGAGUAGGAUACCUUAGAGAGAGAAGGAGAGAAGUGUAAAAGCUCCACAAUUAUUUGUCUGUGCCACGGCAUGAAAAUAGUGUAAGAAAAAGCUGUAUUAAAAAAUGUGAAUAUUUAAGUUAUGAACUUUAUGAAGUUGAAAAAUAAAAAUGACUGAGGAAAUGG